AUGGAUUUUGUUGGAGCAUUGCCUAAGACCAAGGCUGAAAAUGACACUAUUUGGGUAAUAGUGAACAGGGUGACAAAAUCAGCAGCAUUCAUACCCAUGAGAAGUACUUGGACUAUGGAUCGGUUGGGAAGAGCUUAUGUGAAGUUUGUGGUGAAGUACCAUAGGGUACCCACAUAUAUCAUAUCGGAUAGAGAUUCAAGACAUUUGUCUAACUUUUUGCAAAGUUUGCAAAAGGCGAUGGGAACGAAGUUGUUAAUGAGCACAACAUUUCAUCCUGCGACAGAUGGUCAAACCAAGAGAACAAUUCAGGCAUUGGAAGAUGUUUCGAGGUUUUUUGAAAUCCCUCGAGAUACUAGUCUUGAACACGGCCAGAUGGACGCGAACACCUGCAAAAAUAACGAAUAUUCCAUUUCACGGAAUAUUUGCCUCCGACGAUCAAAAGUAGCUCUUGGAAUGCUAGAUCCGGAGCAGAAGUGGGAGGUUGACAUGUCCGAGCUGGGCUUAGUGCAGUACAAACUCCGCCAACAUCAGCACAACCAGGCUAAGGAGGCGGCCACUCCUACUCCUCGGUCAAAGAGAAAGCAGCCGGCUUCUGCAUCCAAGGACGGUCAAUCGUCCAAAACCAGGAAGACAACAGCCUCAAGGGCUAAGUCUGCCACCAAAGCGACCAAGGUCACGCCAAAGACUGCUUCGAAGCAGUCUGAAGGAGAGCCACCCUAG